AUGAUCAAGAAGCAUUCGAAGUUCGGUAGCCCUAGCAGCAACAUGAAACUGAUCAUCCUCUCAGCAUUUAUCAGCGCGUGCGCAGCCGCCGUCCUGCCUCCAUACGUACCCUUACAGUACCGCCCCAACUACGCAGAUAGACCUCGUGCGGCGUUGGAGAGAAAUGCAGCAAUACUACGAUCUGUAUCAGACGUAAACGAACAGGGAUAUCAUUUUGCUUAUGACACUGAAAACGGUAUCUCAGCGGAGGAGACCGGUCGUGAAGCCAAUGGGAUUCAAGCAGCUGGUGGCUACGCAUAUACAGGAGAUGAUGGACAGGUUUACAGCGUGAGGUACAUAGCUGAUGCGAACGGGUUCCAACCCCAAGGUGCUCAUCUUCCUACCCCUCCACCCAUCCCUGAAGCCAUCGUCAAGGCUUUGCAGGAGAACGCGAGGGAUGAAGCCGCUGGAAUUUUUGAUGAUGGUAGUUACCAUGCCGGCAAGUACGAUGCAGGCGUAUUCGCCGCCCGCACUUACACUACCCCGAGAUACAUCACCCCCUACAGACAGCCAUACCGCUUU